GAAUGAGGGCAUUCAACAGCAAGACUUUUCUAGAGAACCCUAACUUCCAAACUGUAGUUCUAACAUUAUCACUUUCAACCCCAGAAAUCAUAGAUGUUUAACCUUUACCAAUAUGAGGAUAAAUAUGUGUUUUUAUUUUUAUUUAUUUAUUUUAUCAUAGAUGUAUGGAUUUGAGAAGGAAGGGAUUGUAUUGAUUUGAGAAUUGAGGCAAGGAAGAGGAGAAGAAAGAGGAAGGAAGAUGCCAACAAUUUUCUUUCUUUGGUGGGUCCAUAAUCCAUUUGCACGUGCACCAUGCAAGCUAUGAUGAGGUGAGACAGAGUAAUAAGUUCAUUAAGCUCGUUUGCUGCCCUCCUCAAUGCCUCCGUACCAGUUAAAAAGCUCACUACAAAAGCCGGAAAAUGUGUUUUAUUGAUGAUGCAAACCUAAAGAUUUCGACAGUCAACAGUUCUGGUCGGGUUUCAAUUGAAAACAUCUCCAUCGACACCAAUAAGGUAGCAUUAGACAAAGGAUAAAACUUGAUCAAAAGGUGUUUGUCAGUUUCCUUGACCCAGCUUACAGUAUGAUAACCCAGCAAUUCUUUUUGUACUAUUUCACAAGUUUUGGUGAUUCAUAUUCAAGUUAUAAGCUUUAAGGGAUAGACAAAUUAGCAGACAGCUGUGAAGAGAUCAGCAUGGUUUGGCUCUUUCCUAUCCUAUUUCCCUUACUGAUAGCACUGUUUUUGCCUUUGCUUCUUCUGCAAUUUCUUCCCAAACAAGAGCUGAAAAACUUACCAAAUGGCAGCAUGGGUUGGCCUCUAUGUGGCGAAACUCUUGCCUUUCUCAAGCCUCAUAGAUCAACCUCCACUGGGAGUUUCUUGCAAGAACACUGCUCUAGGUAUGGAAGAGUAUUCAAAUCUCAUCUCUUUGGUUCCCCAACCAUAGUCUCCUGUGACCACGAGCUCAAUAUGUUUAUUCUUCAGAAUGAAGAGAGGCUAUUUCAGGCCAGCUACCCCAAGCCCCUCCAUGGCAUUCUUGGCCAGUUCUCUUUACUUAUAGUGUCUGGAGACCUUCACAAGAAGCUGAGAAACAUUGCUGUUAGCUUCAUUAGCACAUCCAAAUCAACUCCAGAAUUCCUUCACUGUGUUGAGAAGUUGUCAGUUUCAAUGAUGAAUUCAUGGAGAGAUUGUAAAGAAAUUACCUUCUAUCGAGAAGUUAAAAAGUUUACAAUGAAUCUAAUGGUGAAGCACCUUCUGAGUAUUGAACCAGAAGAGCCACUGGCCUUAGAGAUACUUGAAGAUUUCCAAACUUACAUGAAGGGGUUUGUGUCUUUACCGGUAUAUCUCCCUGGGACACCUUAUGCCAGUGCAGUGAAGGCUAGAGCAAGACUUUCUUCUACUGUCCAUAAAAUUAUAAAAGAAAGGCAUAAGAGGAAUAUGGGGAUGGAAAAAGGAGAUUUCUUAGAUGUGAUUCUGUCAAAAUGGAGGCUGAGCGAUACUGAAAUAAUCAGCAUUGUGCUGGAUAUCUUGCUUGGAGGCUAUGAAACAACAGCUACCCUUUUGGCCUUAAUAGUCUACUUCCUUGCUCAAUCUCCAAAUGCCUUUGAAAACUUAAAGGAAGAACACCAUGCAAUAAGGAAAAGUAAAGAGGAAGGCCAGUCCUUGACCUGGAAAGAUUACCAGAAAAUGGAGUUCACCUACAAUGUUGUACACGAAGCAAUGAGGUGUGGAAAUGUUGUCAAAUUUGUGCAUCGGAAAGCACUAAAAGAUGUCAAGUUCAAAGAAUAUCUAAUUCCUUCAGGAUGGAAGGUCCUACCUGUCUUCACAGCUGCACACUUUGAUCCAUCCCUCCAUGAAAAUCCUGGGGAAUUCAAUCCCUGGAGAUGGACUGAUAAAGCUAUGAUGAAAAAGGUGAUGCCAUUUGGUGGUGGACCAAGGCUGUGUCCUGGGGCAGAACUUGCUAAAGUAGAAAUUGCCCUCUUCCUUCAUCAUCUUGUCCUCAACUAUAGGUGGAAGUCAAAAGCAGAGGAUUUCCCUCUUGCUUACCCUUAUGUGGAAUUUCAGAGAGGACUGCUUUUGGAGAUUGAGCCAACAGAACAGAGCUUCAGCUAGGAAGAUGCAUAGAACAGCCUGUAUAUGGUGUUUUGUCAAACUUAGUGCUAGGAACAAAGAAAAGGGGCACCACAAUGGCUGGUAAUCUCUUGUAAAGAUUACUUGGGAUGAUAAGAUAUAAAAUGCUUUUCUUUACCAAAAGAAAAGUACUAAAUUUUUUAUUGAAAUUUCAUGUCUUAGCUUGAUAAUAUAUUGACUUUUUCAGUUGGAGAUUUGAGGUUGGAAAGAAAGAAUUUGGUAAAAA